UAACUUUGGUCCGUGUGUGGCUGCGGCGAAAAGCGAUCGGAUAUCAACGCAAAACGACUUGCUUCAACUGCCGUGGGGGAGGACCUUUGCUCGCGACGUCUACCGACUUCGACCUCUCCACUCCUUCCAGCCCGCUUCGGCACACGUUACACGAUGCUGUCUUCUGCGAGGACAGGUGCCUCGCUGGCCCUGCGAGCGAGACCCGCGACUUCACUCGUCCCUUUCCGCGCCGCCGCCGCUUUCUCGUCCUCGUCCCAUAAAGAUGCUGCGAGCGCCGUCCAGCCUCACGCGGGUUACGGUCUCGCCAAGCGCGAGCGGAAGGAGGUUCCGCUUCCCAGCCAAGAGGGCACCAAAGGGCUGGUGCAGUACGCGCUUACAACUCUCGACAUCAUGGCCAACUGGGCGCGCCAGUCCUCCCUCUGGCCCAUGACCUUCGGUCUGGCCUGCUGCGCCGUCGAGAUGAUGCACCUUUCGACGCCACGCUACGACCAGGAUAGGCUGGGUAUCAUUUUCCGCGCGUCUCCGCGCCAGUCCGACGUCAUGAUCGUUGCCGGCACCCUCACCAACAAGAUGGCGCCCGCCCUGCGCCAGGUGUACGACCAGAUGCCCGACCCGCGCUGGGUCAUCAGCAUGGGCAGCUGCGCCAACGGUGGCGGCUACUACCACUACAGCUACAGCGUCGUGCGUGGCUGCGACCGCAUCGUCCCCGUUGAUGUCUACGUUCCCGGGUGCCCGCCAACGAGCGAGGCGCUGAUGUACGGCAUCUUCCAGCUGCAGAGGAAGAUGCGAAACACCAAGAUUACGAGGAUGUGGUAUCGCAAGUAGAAAAUUUGGCGGGGCUCUGGCGCAUGGGGAAGCUGGCGGUGGGUUUGGAGGAAGGGCGGAAAACGUCGCGUUACGCCGCGUUUCUCAUACAAGGAGGACCGGGUCUGGCUAGAGUAACGCUUAGACAAUGGGCGGCAAAGAUAUGCUCACUUUGCCAUGCAGCCUUCUUCUUUUUUUUUUUUUUGUGUCCUCCCGACGCCGACACUGUACAUAUGUUCUGGCAUCACCUGGGGAAAAGGUGCUUGGGCUGUACAGUAUGCUUGCUGCUUGACCUUUUUUUUUGGCUCCCCGCGAUUUUUAAACAAAUGCUAAGGGUGGUGAGAGGACGGCCUGCUUGCCUGCCUUGAGAGUCCAAAACGGCGUGGAAGCCGGAGGCAAUUC